AUGAAUAUCCCACAAGGGUUGCCGACGCUGAAGUGGAGCGGCAUUGUGAGCAUAGGCCUUACAAGAGGGGCAUUUGUAUGCUUAUUUGCCAUUUUUGUCGUCGCCUACGUCGUCGGACUUGUCUUCUAUCGACUCUGCCUCAGCCCCCUAGCUAAGUUCCCUGGUCCCCGGUUGGCCGCCGCGACAGGGCUCUAUGAAACUUACUAUGAUGUGAUUCGCGACGGUCAGUUUACCUGGCACAUCGAGCGUUUGCAUCAGAAGUAUGGUCCCGUAGUGCGCAUCAAUCCAUGGGAAGUCCACGUGAAAGACGCGGACAAGUACAACACGCUGUACUCAGGACCGACGCGGAAGCGAAACAAAGAUGCUUGGUUCUCGUUCGUUGGAUGGCCCCAGGCGAUAGUCUCAACAGAACAACACGCAUUGCAUCGCACCCGACGAAGCGUGUUGAGACAAUUUUUCAGUGAUCAAGCCAUUCUGUCUUCAGAGCCCCUGAUCCGGGCGAAUAUCCAGGCUUUGUGUCGUCAUUUUCGCAGUGCACAAAGCAGACACUAUAGCUUGGAGCUCCAUACCGCGUUUUUAUGUUUUACAAGUGACACUAUAUCACAAUAUGCAUUCGGGAAACGGAUCGGCUUUCACUCUCUGGACCAACCGGAACUGAGUACGGCUAGCAAGACGAAGUUGAACUCUACAUUUGAGCUUGUUCAAACAACAAGACAUUUCCCCUGGCUCUGCAAGCUGGCACACGUCUUUCCUUGGCCAGCAAAACUUCUGAAUGCGGAUUUCGUCGGGGCCUAUUUACAGGAAAAGGAAGUCCAAGACAUGGUUCGCAAGACCAUAACGGAACGUGAUACAGGGAGCAGCGAGGAGCAUAGGGCAAUUUAUCCUGCGAUUCUAGACGAUGAGAAGGUACCUGAGGACGAGAAAAAGUUCUCACGCCUGACUGAUGAUGCGAUCUUUCUGCUGCUUGCCGGUACCGAUGCGCCAGGAAGAGCCUUGGUCAUGAAUUUAUAUUACAUUCUACAACACCCAGAGGUGUACGAAAGAGUCCGCGCUGAAUUGUGUGCUUCUUGGACAGAUGCCUCGACGGAGCCGCGACUUACAACGUUAAAGCAGUUGCCUUAUUUCACCGCCGUGUUAAAGGAGGGACUGCGAUUGUCCGCUCUCGUCACCACACGCCUCCCACGUGCCGCGCCGGAUGAGAUCUUGCAAUUUCACGGAUGGGAAAUUCCACGCGGGACUCCUGUGAGCAUGACCACCUAUUUCAUCCUCCGUGAUCCAGAGAUCUUUCCCGAGCCGUCGCGAUUCAUCCCUGAGCGCUGGCUCCUAGAGCCAGAAGACUUACGAAAGCUGGAGCGUUACCUUGUUCCAUUCUCCAAAGGGACCAUGGGAUGCCUGGGUCCAAAUAUGGCUUGGGCAUGGCUAUAUUUGGUUCUCGGGACACUCCUGCGGAAAUUUGAGAUGAAACUUCAUGACACCACAGAGCGGAAUGUCGAGAUGGUCCGAGAUAAAUUCCUCGGGCAGACGGAGCGUGGAAUGAAUCGGGUUCAGAUCAAGGUUUUGAGGGAGUAUGCGUGA